CUCACCGAGCUUCACACGGGUGGAUAUGACCUUGAGUUCAUGCCUGGCGCACUACCAUCAACAUCAUUGACCAAACUAUACUUUACCAAUUUCAAUCAACCAAUCACACCUGGUACGCUACCAUCUUCGAUAAUCAAGAUAAACACUGGAAACAUGUUUAAUCAAUGGUUGGAACCAGGUUCUCUCCCCUCACGUCUGGAGACGCUUAUCUUUGGCGACAACUUUGACUCGCCACUCGAUCAUGACAUCCUCCCAUCAUCCUUAACAAAGCUUUCAUUUGGACAUUAUUUUGAUCAAUGGUUGGAGCCAGGCCACCUCCCACAAUCACUUCGAAUACUCAAGCUGGGAGUAUUUUUCAAUAAGAAGCUCCAAGUUGGAUCACUUCCUCCAUCACUCCAAUCAUUGAGGUUGAGUAAUGUCUAUAACCAGGAGCUGGAGCCCAUGGUGCUGCCACAUUCAAUCACACACUUGUUCAUUGGUUAUAUUUACCAACAGAGUUUGAACAAUGUUGAUAUCAUGCCAUCAUCUCUAACUUCCAUAUUGUAUCAGAAUAAUUUAUUUGAUCUUGUUGGACCUGAUUCCUUCAAACAUUGUCGAAUCAACAACAUCCAGCAACAACGGAAUGAUCCCAAAAGCAAGCUGAUCAUUCCAAACAAUAUUAAUAUAUUUCGUGGACAUCUAAGAACAUUCAAAAUUAAUUUAUAUCAAUAUCACUUUGGUGAAAUCGAUCAAUCAACAUCAACAUCUACAUCUACAUCAACAUCAACAUCAACUUCCAAUAUCUUUCAACAAUUCAAGGAGGCGGAAAUAUUCCAGUUGAUUUUGGAAUCAAUAAGAGUAACAAUCAUAAUAAGAAAGAUUGAUAACGAUAACCUACUUUUAUUUUUUAAUCAAUCCAGAAUGAUAUUCGUUACAUGGGAUAUAUUACAAAGAAAGAACUAUGAAUCAUUA